AUGUGGCGAUUUGAGUCUAAGGGUCUAAUGUCUGAUCAUAAGGGUCUAAUCAAAACUCAAACGGUCUUCCUUCCUGACAAGAGAUUCGAUAGGAAAAAUUCGCUGAGAAACAAUGCGCGCUCAAACCUCGCAAAACCCAAGCACGAAUGGUUUUUGAAAGUCAGCGGUCUUGUCAACAAGCGAGAACAAUGCGGUGUUAAUGUUUGCGCGUCACUCGACAUUUGCACAAGUGUAAACGUUCGCUGGAGCUGUGUGUGA